GACAGUAUGCUGUGGCUACAGCUUUUGUCAAAUUAACGUCAAAAGUGCGUAUUAGCUAACCCUUAACUAUAUUCCUAACCUGCUAUGUUAAUUCUCAUAACCUACGAAAAGUGAACUAUGACAAAAGCUGUAUCCAUCUAGUCAAAACCGAGUGGAAAUUUCAACCGGAUGCUUCAGAUUUAUACAUCCGGUGAAACAUCUGGCUACUUGUUCUAUCUGUGGCCAUGUUGCACCAACGGGCUUACGGUGAAGUUAUCUCGAAAAUAUGGUUUACACGGUUUCAAACAACACUGAGGUCGAGUUCGCAACAGGUUUGCGUCCGGCUUCUCCCCAGCCCUCGCUGUUUCUUCGACGAACCGGUGCACGUGAAGGUAGAUGGACUUUCUCCCCACCAGAAAGUAGAGUUGAGGUCCAAACUCAAGGACGAUAAAGGGGUCAUCUUCAGAGCUUCCGCUCUGGUCGCUGCAGAUGCUAGCGGACAGGUGGACCUGUGUCGCUCUCCUUCUCUGGGCGGCAGCUACACGGGAGUUGAAUCCAUGGGCUUGUUUUGGGCCAUGGUGGCCGAGACUCCACACAGCAAACUGUUAAAAAAAAAUGUUUUGGGUUCAAUGAUGGUUGACAUAGAAGUGCUACAUGGGGACACAGGUGAGCUCUUGGCCACAGAGACCAACGAGAGGCGGUUCAUGACGGAAGGGGUAAGGAGAAUACCGUUGGGCAUGAAUGAAGGGAGAAUACGGGGAGUCCUCUUUCUACCACCCGGGCAGGGUCCAUUCCCCGGUGUACUGGAUGUGUAUACUCUGGGUGGAGGUAUAUCAGAGGUCCGGGCCAGUCUGCUGGCUAACAAAGGCUUUGUGGUUCUGGCUCUGGCCUACUAUGGCUUCCAGGACCUGCCCAGAACCGUGCCCAAAUACUUUGACCUGGAGUACUUUGAAGAGGCUGUCACUUUCCUGAGGCAACAGCCACAGGUACAGGGUCCAGGAAUAGGAAUCCUGUCCAUCUCGAAGAGUGGGGAUCUUGCUCUGUCCAUGGCCUCUUUUCUCUCUGGCAUCUCAGCCACAGCCUGGAUCAACGGCAGCAACGCUAAUACUGUGGUGCCACUCCACUACAAAGACCUCAUCAUCCCUUCCAUCACGCCUAUUGUUGAGAACGUCACCUUCUCCCCGUCCGGCAUCCUUGACAUCCGAGACGCCUUACCGGACCCAGAGACUGAGGUGAACCGCGGUUCCGUGAUCCCAAUAGAGCGUUCCAGUUCUAGGUUCCUCUUCGCCGCCUCUGAGGACGACAGGAACUGGAACAGCUGUCUCUUCGCCCAACAGGCCGCCGCCCGGCUGAGGCAUCAUGGGAAAGCGAACUUUGAGGUGGUGAUGUACCCCAGGGUGGGGCAUUUUCUGGAAGUACCCUACAUGCCCCACUGCCCGUCUGGCUUCCAUCCCGCGGUUGGUCAAGUGGUGGUGUUUGGGGGAGAGGCUAAAGCCCACCAUCAGGCUCAGCUGGAUCUGUGGAGGAGGGUCCAGGAGUUCUUCAGGAAACACCUGGAGGGGAACAACACUGGUGAAAAAGCUACGUUAUAUACUAGAGGGACCAGUUGCGCUCUGAGACGGCUGAUGUUGGUGGGAUUUGGAGGAUGAUGGAGGCAACAGGGGAAAUAGCCUCAGUUCCACAAAGUCCCUUCCACCAGGUGGCUGAUGAGAUAUGUUGGCCCGACUGCCAUAUUGCAUCUCCAUCCCAAAUCCCUUGCUUGGAUCUGCUUCGCCAGACUGCCAAGAACCUUGCCCUCAUCAAGCCAAGGUGGCGAGAUGCGUUAGUGAUGGCACCAUAGGCCUUGUUGAUCUCUGCACCAGACAGGAUGCUCUUGCCAGCAUACUUGGGGUCCAACAUGUACGCUGCGGCACGUGUGGGCUUCAGGCAUAACUGCAGUUUCCUCUGCUUGGAGCAACAGUGAAGUGGGCAGGGCAGUAUGGAUUUGUUCUCUUACAUCUGCAAGUAGUCUGAACAUCAGAACAUCAAUCCGUGCAAUGGCUACUGCUAUAGGUUUCAGGAGUUUUAGGCUGAUUAACAGUCUCUCCCAAAAUACAUCAUCCAGGAGGAUCCUCUUGAUGGGGUUGUCCAUAUUGGCAAACUGCGGUAUGGCCAUUUCUUGGAGAGACUGCUUCCCCUCCAGGAGACUGUCAAACAUGUAGACAACACCACCACAAUGGGUGUUUCAUUGCAGCUUCAAUGUUGUGCUCUUAUUCUUCUGCUGCUCUAACUUGCUGACCUUUCACAUACCUAACCAUUUCCUUGGCACUCUUGUAGAGUUUCUGUUGUUUUCGGUGCCAUGAUGUCCCUGAGGAGCAGAUUCAAUGCAUGAGCAGCACAGACAAUGGGUGUUCAUGUUCCCAGCAUUGUCUGUCACCAGUGGAAAUGCCUCCAGUGGUCCAAGGUCAUUGACUGCCUUCAGCUCAUCUGCAAUCUAGAGACUGGUGUGUCUGUUGUCCCGUGUAUCUGUGCUCUUGUAGAAUACUGGCUGAGGGGUGGAGAUGAUGUAGUUAAUUAUUCCUUGCCCACGAACAUUCAACCCCAUCCGAGAUGAUUGCAAUAGUCUGCUUUCUCUAUGAUUUGCUUGACCUUCAUUUGAACUCUGUUGAACUCUGCAUCCAGCAAAUGAGUAGAUAAAGCAUGUCUGGUUGGAGGGGUGUAUGCUGGGUGAAGAACAUUCAGAAAUCUCUUCCAAUACACAUUGCCUGUGAGCAUCAGAGGUGAACCAGUUGCAUACACAGCUCGAGCAAGACAUUCAUCAGCAUUUCUAUGACUACGUUCCUCCAUUGAGUCAAACUUCUGAUUCCAGGAGGACCAUGAGCUGUUGCUAUCGAUAAGGAGUCUGAUUCAUAAGUUUCACCUCAAAUAGAAGUAGAGGUACUUUUGUCAGAGGUUGCUUGUUGUGAGUGCUGAGGGAACUUUAUGCACUUGGCCAGAUGAUUCUGCAUAUUUGUUGCAUUCUUCACACAUGAUUUGGCACAGUAUUUGCAAAUGUACAGAAGGCUGUUUAGAAGUGUGCAAGAUCUUGAGAAUCAGUUGUACAUGUGAUGGAAGAAUGCACUGUGCAUGCAGAGGGUUGCAAUUCCAUUGAAUUAGGGAUAGUUUCACCAAAAUAUGCCACAAGACCUAGAAUUGCCUUAUGUGUAUCCCACAAAAAAGUUCACUGUUAUAAGCUAACUUUGUUUGAUGAAUUUAAGCAAAAUUCCCCAAAUUCCCGGGCUUAACUUCCCAUGGAAAAUUCCCGACCCUUUGCAACCCUAGGUAUGUGUCAUCUUAAUUCACAAACACUAACAGAUACUGAGGAGAGAGUUUCUGUUAUUUGUGUGAAAUAUUUCUAUUCUGGGAUAGUUGUUCACUGAAAUGCUAUCAUUAGUUGCUUAUGCUAUUACAAUAUAAAUAAGUGUCUUCUGCUCUCCGUUAUAAUGUUAGGUCAAAUUCACAGGGUAAAGUAGAGGAUUAGCCAAUCAAUGGCUAAAGACCACCCACUUGCCUUGAUUUACAUAUCCCUUUUAUUUUGAACAAGACCAUGAAAUUAUGAAAUGGAUCAUGUGAUACAGCGCCAUUAAUGAAGUGAUAAACGUUAUAAUGAAAAAUUAAAGUGGGAAAUACAAUGUGUCAUUAUGAAAUAAAAUAUGGUAACAUUUAUAGAAAAGUGACACUGAAAUCAGAUGUCAUAAUAAUCCAUCCAAUAGUUUCCAAAAGCACAUGCUCAUUAUUUUUCAACCAGGAUUAUAGUAUGUAGCGAGUCUUUGACAAUGACUAUUAUUCAUUAUUCAAACUUUUUAAUUAAAACAUUUGUGUCAAUCUCUCCUCCUGUUUUUAACAUUAUAAGCAGAUGUAUCGUGCACACCAGAAUUUAUUGGCUGGUAAAUAAUUUGGGGGGGGAUUUUGACCUAAGGCCUUGACUUUAUCCUAAUGAGUACUUCACAGUAUGCAAAUGGUCGCCACUACCGUCUAUCAAAUAGUAACAUGCAGUUAACCUAUAUUUGUGUGUGAGUAAGCAAUAAUCAUCUCUGGGGUUGGCAGCUGUCUCCUUCCAGCUUUAGCCUCCUGUUGCAAUUGUUACUUGAAGUUAGAUUUAGACCACAAAUAACACAUGACUUUUUUUUAAACACAGGUGCCUUUCUAUUUUAUCUGUCAUUGCAAAGUUACACAGAAUGUGCUCAGGAAGAGGGGGGUGGGGGGUUUGUUUAUCCUAUGUGAUUGUGCCUCAACUUUUCAUGAAAAAACACAUGCUCCCGUACUGUAGAGUGUAGACAUACCUCGUCCUUUGAUGUAAAGAAAUGAUGCUAGCAAAAUGUAUAUUCUAUUUAUACACAGAACACUCUCCCUCAGUUAAAAAGACAUGGCAAAGUGGUUCUUUAAAAGUGUUUCAGUUUGAUUUACUGGUACUGUAAGGUCAGCUUUGAUACUUUUAAUAUAGGUUUCUGUUAAACCAGCAUUAUGUACCCCAUGUCAUCAAUACAUUAUGGACUGUAUUCAUGAAGGACUCUUAUCAACCCCCAAGGGAAAUAAUCUCUGUGGAAUACCUCAAAAGACAAAAAUAGAUGAUGUUAGUGUGCUACUCUAUGGCUUGCUCUGGUAAAGCAGUGAAAAAAAAUAAGCUAAACAUGGAGAGAGACUUUUCCAAUGUGGUUUUCUGUGAAGAAGUAAACAUCAUCCUAGAUGAAGUGGGUGACAGAGACCAUCUGGUUGCCUGAGUCAUAGCUAUGCCGUCUGCUUUAGGAACAAACAAUCCCUUAGCAGAGAAUACAAUGCAUUGUCAUUGCAUUACGCUACUAUGACAUCUGGCGCUAAAAUAUGACCAGUGGCAAGGAGAUGGCGUUCACACACAACUCACUCACUGUGCGAUCAAUCAUCCAUUGUGUUUCAAAACUCAUGGAAAUAACUGUAAAUAAAUACUAUGGUAGUCAUUAACCCAAUCAGAGUUGAAUUCUCCCUCUACUUUAGUCUGUGGCACAAAUGAGUCUGACCUCAGUAAAUGCUCUUCUAUAUCCUACUGUGGUGGUGGGUGUACCUUUCUGUCUGUAUCACUAGUGAUGAUCUGGUACUCCUCAGCUGUUUCUGCUGUUUCUAUUUGUUUCACUAUUUCACUGUUUCACUGUUAGUAUUUGAUUAUAUUUGUUAAACUAUUAGUCCUUUCUUCAUAUCAAUAGCAUUGUAACCAGAUUCUGUUAUGAAUAAACAUGAGGUUUUUGAAAACGUUGUUUAUCUGGUAGGCCCUAACACAGUGCAGUGGUUUCAUGCCCACUAAUUACCUUCUACGGCAUAAAGGUAUCUAUAAUAAAAUCAUUUGGUGGGUGCUUAUUGUCCUAUUUCAUGCAUGUACAAGUGUGUAUUAAUAUUCAUGUGUGAAUUGGAAAUGUGUAUUUUUGCAUAUCCCAACCCUCCUUGAGACACCGUCGGAAAGUGGGGUCACGGCCAGGGUUUGCCAUUAUCAACGCUGACCCUAUAUGUACUUUGUAAUGCUCAUGGUUCUUUAUCUCCAUCAUUGUUGUUUAUCUUUAUCUCCAUGGUGCUUUAUCUUCUUCUCCCUCCCCUACAGCCUCUUUCCAGGCUGAAAGAAAACAACACAAAAAGUCAAUGACUGGGAGAAAUACAAACAUGAAUGCGUGACGGUGUUUUUCUUUCAUCCGAGUUAAAAAUGUUACAACUGUCGUUGCCCAACUAAAUCACCACCAGAGGAGGGAACAGAGGAAUGUAUUUGAAUUUCCAGACAGCAGACGCGGCUGAUAAUAGAAAGCCCCUGAGUUUCUGCUGCUAAGAAAUGGAAUGGGAAAUCCACCACUGAUGAUGCUCCUGCCGUCAAUCAUGAAUUCCACAGUGUUGCAGCCAGGUCAUGUUGGGCACAUUGAUAUGUAGCACUUCUUUAGAGGUCUCCUCCGUAUGCCACAUCCAGAUGUCAUUCUCAGAAUGUGGCAAAGAGCUCAGAUGAGCCACUGUUAGAUAUUCAACAUAGGUGGGUAAAGCACAUAUAUAAGGUAAAGCACUCAGUCCAUAAUGAAUCGAUCUAGCUAUUGACCAUGACUAUGAUAAACUUUGGAGGAUGUAGUAUCUUGUCUAGAUUGUUGGUACCGGACCUCACAAGUACGUUUUAGAAUUUAAUUGUAACUUAGAAUAACAUUACCAGAAUGCACCUGGCGUAUAUUACCCGGAGGAUUUUCCGAGCACGGUUAUAUGGCAUACAUUUGAAAGGAUAGCAUAAAGCAAACCCUGUAUUGAGUCGAUACUGCCAUCUAUUGGGAAACAUAAUACUUAACAGAAAUAUACCAGGUUACUAAAUGAUUGUAUAGCCCCCUCUACUGGUUUCAAUUGGCUUCAAAAUGAACAGCCAGUCAAGCAGAAACAGUUUCCUAUUUGCAUUCAGUAUGGGACUGAGCCUGCACACAUGGAAUGUGAUGCCGUGAUCUUUUAGCCUGUUGUGGCAUUUGCCAAAGAAGGUCCACAUUGUUCACAGCACUGUGUUCACACCACUGCCUGGUGGUGAUCAUGUGAUGAACUCCUCUUUGAAGUCAGUAUAGUUGAAAGUAUAGUUGAAGCAGGAGAAUGUAAGGCUAUCUGUCCGCCAAUUGAAGCUCAACAGAAGUAGGGUGAUGCAACAGGACAACCACCCAAAACACAGAAGCAAAUCAACAACAGAAUGGCUUCAACAGAAGAAAAUAUGCCUUCUGGAGUGGCAAUGUCAGAGCCCUGACCUCAACCUGAUUGAGAUGCUGUGGCAUGACCUCAAGAGAGCAGUUCACACCAGACAUCCCAAGAAUAUUGCUGAACAGAAACAGCUUUGUAAAGAGGAAUGGUUCAAAAUUCCUCCUGACCUUUCUGCAGGUCUGAUCUGCCACAACAGAAAACGUUUGGUUGAGGUUGUUGCUGCCAAAGGAGGGUCAACCAGUUAUUAAAUCCAAGGGUUCACAUACUUUUCCCACCCUGCAUUGUGAAUGUUUACAUGGUGUGUUCAAUAAAGACAUGCACAUUUUAUAA